AUGACAUGCCUAGGCACUGGUGGCGCUUCACGGUGCACUAGAUUCCUGGGAGCUCGCUUCGAAAGACACAAUUUCUCUUGUAUCGUCAGCGGGUCUCGUACUCGUCGGGAAAUACAGAGCAGAUACCGCAAGCGCAGCACGGCAAACAAAAAGCGUCCAGUAUUGUGCUACACACAGCAGGAGUCUCCGCACCGAAGACAACAGCGAUUCAGUACCGUGUCCUUUAAAAUACUAUCCUCGCACGUCAGACGCGUGCUUCUCACCGGCAGAAGCAGCGCGAAAAAAGUAUGCGAAGGCGCAACAGAAGAGCGCGUGCAUUAUUAUAUUCAGAGCGGGACCAACCUGAUCUGCGUGACGCCUGAAGGACUUGUCCUUGUGCGUUGGCCGCGCGAGCCGUGGACUGACAAAAUUGACUGUAACGAUGAACUUUCCUUGGGGAUGCGUGCGGAGCCCCUGAAGCGGACUGGAACCUACCGCGAAGACUCCACAGGCCAUACCUCCGUCCCUGGGACUGCCAGCAAGGAUGCGUUCGUGAGCGCUAGCGAAGUUGCGGCGCACUACCUGAUUAUGGAUGUUCGCCGAUAUAAUAAUCUUCCGGGCUCGCCACCUCAUUCUGCGCUUUGCACGCUGCUGUCGCUGCCGUCAUUAUCGCUCCAGCUGAAAGCGCAGUGUUUCUACGGCCGUACCCCGCUGCUUUCACGUCCUGAGCGCCUCGCAGGAAGCGGAGAAAAGGGCAACGAUGGUUGUCGGCGAGCGAUGUGCUCUCCCGCCGUCUACGACGCACCGGUCUACGCUUUCUCCUAG